UGCAGCAGCAGAGCACCGCCGGCUGCAGAGGAGUCGCCCACGUCCUGCUGCGCCGCCACGCUGAGACAAGAGACGAUGUUCGCAGCGGAAACCAAAGCUUUGGUCAAGUGUCUGGGAUCUGGGAAGAAUCUCAUCUACAACAAAGAUCUAAAUCAACAAAUCAACCUUCUGACUGUGGUUAGAAUCAGGAGUGGACAAUUCUGGGAGUUCCCCAAGUAUAAGGUGAUGAAUUGCACCUUACCUGACCUCAUAGGGAAGAAGUAUUCACCAGAUGCUGAGGAGAAGGUCUUGGUGGAGGACUUCAAGACUUCUUUAAAAACUGACAGGAGUGGCAAAUUGGAGGGAGGACUGGAAGGUUCAGGUACGGCUAAGCUCUCCGGCAGCUCCGACUGUGUGGAUGGUCUGGUUCAGCCGGUCAGCAUCAAGAUUAAGAAGGCCAACCUCACAGCUCUGAGGAAAGAGUUCAGCGGAAGGAACAUUGAUAAAGGAAUGCGGAAGCUGCUGAAGCUGAAGAAGAAGGACAAACUGGCGUUUGUUCAUGAGACAGCUUACAACACUGGACCUGUGACCAUGUUUCGGAAAGGAAGUCAGAAGGGAUCCAUCUCAGGAUCACUUCAGAAAAUGGCAACUAUGUGUGUUUCGGUCGAUAUCCAGCAGGACACCACCUUCACCGUGAAGGAAAAUUCCACCUUCGCUUACAGCCUGGUGGAGAUCCUGCUGGAGGGUGACACGAUGGAAAUCUCGUUAGAAAACUGGACUCACAAACGAAAAGGUCUGACCAGCGACGCCCUAGACUCUGAUACAAUGGAGCAAGUCCAAGAGAAGAUUGAGAUGAUGGACAGUCUGAUGACGCCGCUGGAACAGCUUCCUGAAUCGACUCGUGGUGAUCUGCUGACACGGCUCAGAGAGGUUCUGAAGGAAGAAGACGCUCUGAGCGAGCUGGAGGAGAUGAUGGACCAGAGCGGCGACCAACCCUGUGAGCAUCCUCAGUCUCAGGCCGCCAGGUCCUUCAUGGACCUGCUGGACAAGUCCCAGGAGUCUUCAGGGGUGAAGGAUGCUGCGUUCCUGCUGGUCAGUGCCAUGAAUGUUCUGCCAGAGGAAAUGCUGCGACCUUUGACCUCCUGCAGUCCUGAGACUCUGACCGUCCUCAGUCAGCUGGUGGAGAGUCUGAAGGACGGAGAUGAAGUCCGUCUCCCAGCGUCUGUCCCCGUCCCCCUGCAGCAGGACGGGGAGCUGCGCUGGGCCGCUGACCUCCUCUGUUCCUCUGAGGAGACGCUGACAGAGCUGAGUGACAGCUGGAACCGACCGCCUGAGGUUCUGCUGGAGGUUCUGGCGCUGACCGUGCGGGGAGUCCACAUGCUGCAGGCCGGCUGUUAGCGCUGCUCCUGCUGGGGGACGUUUCACACUGAAGACUUUAAAUGAAGGACUUAUCAGCAGCUUCCUGUUGGUUUUUCUGUCACAGCGCCACCGUCUGGUGCUAAAUCCUCCGUGUUGCUGUUUCUGUGUUUCUCUCUAAAAUUUGACAUGUUCUGUCUCUGCAUUAAAAUACAGAAUGCCUUGUUUCUGUCUUUCUGUUUUCUUAAGUUAGAAAACAUGAAGCAGAAUUUUUCCUGGUGGCCGGGGCAACAUUUACAGACAUAUUUAAGGUAAUUAGAAAAGUCUGAGCUUUACUUCCUGUUUUAACUGCAGGGGAACAAAUACUUAUUUCUAUAAGUAGCACAGUGGCGCUAAGCCAGGCUGAUUGCCUGCUUUAAUUGUAAGACAAUGUCGUUACAUGAACUGAAUUAUUUUAAUGUAGGUUAAGGUCGCCAUGAUCUGAAUAGUGCUGGCAGGAAGGAAGGAGGUAGGAAAGGAGCCUGUAUGCUUCCUCUCAUAGCUCCUUUAGCAUAGGAGCCUUACCGGCACUAAGGAGCUAUAAGGAAUCCCAUAAUGCUUUGCGUGUCAUGGCGUUUAAGCACAGCCCCCCCUCACAGACAUUAACGAGAUGUCUGGAGAGAAGAGAGCGAACACUUCUUCACACGUUACAGGACUUUGGUUGGUUGUUGUUUAUUUUGGAACAUGAUAUGAUUUAACAAUGUUUACAUUUAAUGCUUCAUAAACAUGCAUCAUGUUUCAAAAAGGAGUAGGAUGAAGCAUAAGCUUAUUAAGCCCUACCCCUCAGUUACAUGGACAUAAAGGACAAAUACUUACAGUAAGACAAACACUAUACCAACUUUUUAUAUAUUACUCUUUUUUGUAUUCAUCAAAAAUACUUUUCUUAUAUUCUUUUUUGAAUUGCUGGAUGCUUUUACAUUGUUUAAUGUUUUCAGGCAAGCUGUUCCAGAGCUUCACUCCGCUAAUUGAUAAACUAAAACUUCUUUUUGUUGUUCAAACAUACUUAGUUUUAAAAUAAAAUUUUCCUCUUAAAUUAUAUCUUCCAUCUCUAUCAGAAAACACUUGUAUGUGCGCAGGAAGUAAGUUAUUUCUUGCUUUAUAAAGGAUUUGAGCAGUUCUGAAAUUGAUCAGAUCUACAAAUUUGAGAACUCUUAAAUCAAGGAAGAAACAGUGGGUGUGAUCUCUAAAAUGUUUGUUAUUCGUUACUCGUAUUGCUUUCUUUUGCAUAAUAAUCAAUGGUUGACUUGUUGUUCAUCUCAAUAAAUCAAAGGAAAUUAUUUAUGUUACACUUUGUUUAUUUGAAGAUUCUGUAUUAACUCUGCGUGUUACUGCGGUGAAAUUCCUUUCAGGAAUUCUCCGACUUACAGUACACACAAAAAUCAACAGACAAUAAACACUUCUUCAGUU